AGUCCGUACUACCCAGGCAAGCGAUCGUCGGAGCAGAGAGAGACUUCCUCGCCUCCAUCCCAUCCCGCCGCCGCCGUCUCUACGGUCGCUAAUAAGCCGCCGCAUCCAGGGAUGGAGAUGAAGAAGAUCGCCUGCGCCGUCCUCGUCGCCGCCUCGGCCACCGUGGCGCUGGCCGCGGAGGCGCCGGCUCCGUCUCCCACCAGCGGCUCCUCCGCGGUCGCACCCGCCAUCGUCGGGGCCGCCGUGGCCUCCUUCUUCGCGUACUACAUUCACUGAGCCGCCGGACGAGGAGCCGGAGCCGGAGGGAAGAGACCAAGGUGGGGGGAGAGACUUGGCUGCGCUGCGCUGCUCUGCUGCUCCCGCGCAUUCCCGAUGCGUGGGCGUGCUCUGAUUGGGCACGGCGGUGGCAGUGGCACACCUUCGUCUUCCUUUUGUUUGUUUUUUUUCCUUCCUCUUUCUACUUGAUUUUCAUUUAACGAAUUGGUAUCGCUGAUGCACCAGUUUAAUUUGGUGCCCUGUUAUUUGUUCUUUCCCUCGAGUGAGGGAUCGACACCUGUACCAUUGCUUGCCAUUUGUCUGGACCAGUUCAACAAUUCGAUUUAACCAUCACGUAUAUGUGUGCUUUGGAUAAACAUUAUUACAUUACCCUCAUGGUGAGGGGAUUGCCGGUUUGUUAUGCCUUAA